AUGGGUGACUCGGAGGACGGUCUGUUUGUUGAGCAAGAUGAGGAUAUCAAGGCUGUGGAAACGGUUGAGGUGGUUUCUGUUGUUGGGGCGCAAGCAGCGCAACAAGGGCAACCGGCGCAGCGACAAGCGCAACAGCACGCCUGGGAAGCAGACGAGAUACCCGACGAGUUCUCGGACGACCAACCGGACGAGAAACAGAAGCCCGUCAAGUUCGUCGAUAUCGAAGUGCGCCUGCCGUGGCUCUCGCCGGAAGAGAGAGCGGGGUAUGAGAAGAUCGAGGUGGGGGAGUACUGGCCGGAGGAGGAAUACAUGCGGCGGAGGAAGAGAGGGCGGAGGGACGACGAGGACUACGCGGACCAGUUCGGCACUAAGAAGCGCAAGCGCGACUUGGACUACACCAGCUACGAUGAGUACUCGGAAGACUCAGACGGCGACAUUGUGAUGGAAGAUGCCGGCCCGUCGCGUCGCAGGUCCGGUCUCAUAGACGAAUACUUGGACGGCCCGAACGGACGACGCAGUACCCGGGCCAGCACACGUGCUAGCUCUCAUUUGGUCUCCGACGAAGGCGACAACGACGACUCGUCCCGGCCCCGACCCCGGGGCUUACGGCUGAGAGCCAGAGCCAGCGUCGUACGGAACCGGCCAGCAGACUACGACGACCGCGAUGAGCUGCAGGACUCGGACGGAGAGGACCCGAGCUUCUCGAUCAUCCAGUCCGACAUUGUGCAGACGCGGAAGCGCGGCCGGCGGAAGCGGAGUGCUGCGGCGGCCGCCCAGGCCAGAACACGCAGAAUGGGAUACACCGGAGGCGAUUCUGAUAUCGAAUUCGAGUCGACCGACAACAAACGGCGGUCGUCGCGACCCAACAAGACCAAACGGGUCAUGACGGACACAAUCAUGGAUGACGACGACGAAGACGACUUUCUCUACUACCGCGACGACGACAAACCCUCAACAACAACCCCCAAAGUAGCCAGCAUCCGCGAGAUCUUCCAACCGGUCACGUACGACUUUAAGGAAGCGCACCGACCGAUCUGCGAGAGCUGCGGCGGACACGGCGAUAGCUCCAACAAAGGCCCGCUGGUCCACUGCCAGGGGUGCUCCAACUCCUACCACAAAUACUGCCUCGGUCCACGCGGAACCCGCGAACACCGCGUCACCAAAGUCGGCGCCGACUCUUUCGUUUUACAGUGCCGGUUCUGCAUCGGCGUCUACAAGAAAAAGGACCCGCGUGCGCCGAACCACGACGUCUGCCAGGGGUGCCACACCAAAAACCCGUCCUGCGCGGCGUUUUCAGAGAAGAAAACCCCUAAACGGGAGGAAGCGCUACGAGCGGACAACGACGGGAUAGACCCCAUCACGCCUGUCGAGCCCAAACUCGUCAACAGCGUAGACAACACACUCUUCCGAUGCAGUCGGUGCCGAAGGUCCUGGCACUACGAGCACCUCCCCCACCCGAACCUCUCGCGCGACCCAGCGCUGGACGAGCCGCUCGCCUUGCGCAAGCUCCGCCGCGAAGAAUACCAGAUCACCUGGACGUGCAAAGAGUGCCGGGACACGGAAGAGGAAAAAGCCGAUCGAAUCGUGGCGUGGCGGCCGGUGGAUUCUUCUCAAAAAUCCCGGGAUCGCGCGGUGGGCAUGUCCGUCACGGAUUUUGUGGAGGACGAGCUGGAGUAUCUGGUAAAAUGGGACAAGAAGUCGUAUGGCCACUGCGUGUGGCUGCCCGGGGCGUGGGUGUACGGGGCGGUGAAGCCGGCGAUGCGGGUGUCGUUUAUCAAGCGGACGUUUGGAGAGGGGUCGGACGAGGGUGUCACUGAUGAAAAUGGUGAAGAGCAGAAUCGGCAUGUCGACUCGCUGCUGCGGUGGACGACGGAGGAAGCCGUGCAUGAAUCGUGGGUUACGGCUGAUAUCAUUCUCGAUGUGCACUGCGCGCCGCGGACGAAGGAGAAUGACAAGAAACACCGGGCGAAACCGCUGCGGGAGCGGUUCGAGGAUGAUCUCAGUCGCAUCCACCACGUGCUCAAGAUCUUUGUCAAGUUUGAGGGACUGGGCUACGAGGACGCCGUGUGGGACAGCCCGCCGUCUCCAGAUGCGGGCGCCAUGUAUGACGCCUUCUGCGCGGCGUACCGCGAGUAUCUGAACGGGAAGCACUUUGAGACAGAGCCGGCGCGGGUGAUGAAGGAGCGGGUGGAGUCGUUUCGACAGCUAGAUUUCCGGAAGGAUAUCGAGGUCAAGGCGCAGCCGGCGGGCUUGCAGCGUGGGAAGCUGAUGGCAUACCAGAUGGACGGACUCAACUGGAUGCUGUACAACUACCGCGAUGACCGCAGCAUCAUUCUGGCGGAUGAGAUGGGCCUCGGCAAGACGGUGCAGGUGGUCGCGCUGCUGUCGAGCAUGAUCCAGGAUUGCCCCAAGGUGUGGCCGUUCUUGGUGGUUGUCCCCAAUGCGACCUGCUCAAACUGGCGCCGGGAGAUCAAGAAGUGGGCGCCGGAUUUGAGGGUCGUGGCGUACUACGGCGGGCGGGUGUCGCAGACGCUGGCUAUGGAGUACGAGCUGUUCCCCGGCCGGUGUCGCGAUAUGAAGGCGCAUGUGGUCAUCAUGUCGUAUGACUCGGUCAAGGACAGCGAUACGCGGGCGCGGUUCUCCGGCGCGAAGUGGGCGGGUCUGGUGGUGGAUGAAGCGCAAGCACUCAAGAAUGAUGAGAACGCGCUGUACCGGGCGCUGUCGACGCUGCGGAUUCCGUGGAAGCUGCUGCUGACGGGCACGCCGCUGCAGAACAACAAGCGCGAGUUGUUCAACCUGCUGCAGUUCAUCAACCCCUCGCUGAUCCGCGCCGAGGACCUGGACGCCCAGUUCGCGCAGAUCACGUCGGAGAAUUUGCCCGCGCUGCACCGGCUUAUCCGGCCGUACUUUUUGAGGAGGACCAAGGCCGAGGUGUUGACGUUCCUCCCGCCCAUGGCCCAGAUCAUUCUGCCUGUCACCAUGAGUGUGCUGCAGGAGAGGCUGUGCAAGUCCAUCCUCGCGCGCAACCCGGAGCUGAUCCGGUCGGUGUUUGUGCAAGCCGCGGCGCGAGACGAGAACGGCACCGGCGCCAGCAAGCGCAAGGUGGUCGAGCAGCGCGGCAGUCUCAACAACAUCCUCAUGCAGCUGCGCAAGUGUCUGUGCCACCCCUUUAUUUACUCCCAGGCCAUUGAGGACCGGUCAGAUUCCAUCUCUGCCGAGCGCACCCGCCGCAACCUCAUCGAAGCGUCCUCUAAGCUGGUCCUCCUCGAGCAAAUGCUCCCCAAGCUCCACGCCCGCGGCCACCGUGUCCUGCUCUUUAGCCAGUUCCUCGACGAAUUGACCAUCCUCGAAGACUUCCUCGCCGGCCUCGGCCUCCGCCACGAACGCCUCGACGGCUCCCAAUCCAGCCUGGAAAAACAAAAGAAAAUCGACGCCUUCAACGCCGCGGACUCCCCCAUCUUCGCCAUGCUCCUCUCCACCCGCGCCGGCGGCGUCGGCAUCAACCUCGCCACCGCCGACACCGUCAUCAUCCUCGACCCCGAUUGGAAUCCACACCAGGAUAUUCAGGCCCUAUCUCGAGCUCACCGGAUUGGCCAGCAGAAAAAAGUGCUGUGCUUCCAGUUGAUGACGGUUGAUUCGGCCGAGGAGAAGAUCUUGCAGAUUGGCCGGAAGAAGCUUGCGUUGGAUCAUUUGUUGAUUGAGACUAUGGAUAGUGAGGAGGAGGCGCCGAGUGAGGUGGAGAGUAUACUGAGGCAUGGGGCUGCGGCGCUUUUUGGAGAGGGGAAGAGGAAGGAUGCUAUACACUAUGAUGCUGCUGCCGUCGACAAAUUCUUAGACCGGUCUACGAUGGAGAACCCACCCGCAAAGGCCUCCUCCUCCUCCAACGGAGACGGAGACGAUAAAUCAGCCGAAUCAGCCUUUGCAUUCGCGCGCGUGUGGGCAGUUGAUGGAGACGACGGGGAUGGAGGGGCUGGCGAUGGUUUAGACGACGAAAAAGAGGCUACGAUGGAUGUGGGAGUGUGGGAUCGCAUUCUGGAGCAGAGGGCCGCGGAAGCGAGACGGGAGGCGGAGGCGCGGAAGGAGACGCUUGGACGGGGGAGUCGGAGGCGGGGUGCUGCUAACUACAUCGGCCCGCGCUUCGAAUUCGACGAUGCUGCCCAACCCGACAGCGACCAAGGAGAUGCCGACGAUGAUUUUGUCGGGAGUGGCGGGGAGCAUGGCGGGGAUGAGAACUCGGAUGAUGAGAGCGAGAAUUCGGGGGAUGAGGAUGAGACACCUGUCGGGGCUUCUUCCACCAAAACUCCCAAGACUCCGAGCAAGGCUCCCAAGACCCGCAAGGUUCCCAAAACACCUACCAAAAAGGGGGCAAAGGCAGCAACACCGCGGAACGCUAGUCGCGCUCCCGCUGGUGCCGCUACCACUACCACUACCACUGCUAGUAGCAGUGCUAGUGCCAGCAUCACUGCUAGUAACAGUGCCGCCAGAGCAGGACCAGGAAAAGGAACAGCAACAGGAACAGCAACAGGAACAGAAAAAGGAGGCGACCCAGCAAGAAAAGGCCCACGCAAACUCGGCUCAGACAACCCCACCGUCCGGGCCGGCAACGGCCUAACCCCCGGCGCGCCCUCUUCUUCCCUACCGCCUUCUGUUCCUCCCAUGUACAGCACCUCGCCUAUUCCCGUCCCGCAGAUUCCUGGUCCUCCCGGCCGAACCGCGCCAGUGCUGGGGUCGACUUAUUUUCGUAUGCCAGAGGGGGCAUCAACACCAACCCCAAUAACACCAAUAACACCAACAACUACAACAGCAAAAAUGACACCAAAACCGGCACCAACACCAACACCAGGCACAGGCACAGGCACAGGCCCAAGAACCGCAGCGACAGGACAAGUAACAAAGAAAGGAGGAGGACCCACUCUCCCCAUAGACCCCUGUCUCGUCUGCAUGUUUGUACACCCCGAGGCGUGGGAGUGUCCGGAGAUGCGGUCCGAGGUGAGGUUGAGGCUGGCGCUGGAUUUGUUAAGGGGGAGGUCUUCUAAGGCGUCUAAGGAGACAUCGGCGAUGGGGAAGAAAGGAGUGGAGAGGAAGAGGGCUUUUCUGGGGGGGAAGUUGAGGGGGUUGAUUUUGGAGAGGGAGAGGAAGGUGAAGAAGGGGGGUGAGAAGGGGGGGUGA